GAUGGUCAUUGACAGCUAUCAGACAUUGACACCAUGAUUUUCAAAGUUAUUGCAUGCAUCAGUAUCUGCAUUGGCUGGGGGAAUGCCUUUGAGGUUUUCCAGCCCAACCGAGUGGAAGCAAACAACAGCGGGGUAGCCAGGCUGAGGUGCAACUACAACUUCACAGGGAAGGGAGAGGAGUUCAGAAUCACACUCUUCCGGGGAAUCAGCGACCAAACCAUCGUCUGCGCCUCUUCUUUCCAUCUUCCUAACACCACCUUCGAGACCAAAGAAGGGCUGUUCAGCUGCCAGGGUGAGGCAAGCAGGAACAGUGUGGACCUCACCAUAUCGGGGAUGAGCAGCUCCGAUACAGACUUCUACAAGUGCCGGGUGGAAAUAAUGUACCCACCACCGUAUCGACAGAGGGUGGGAAAUGGAACUGUGAUUUACAUUCCAGAAAUUCAGACUUGUCCUAAAAUUGAAAGCAGUAUGGAGUGGAUCAUCGUGGCAGUCUCUGGCUGUAUAAUAGCAUGUACUGUAAUCAUAAUAGCGGCCAUCUUGGUAAUUAGGAUUUGUCAACAGAAAUGGAAAGCUGACUAUGUUGAUAUGUCACCAGUAAUAUCAGAGAAGAGAAACUCUAAUAACCGCUAUGUAAUUUUGUGAAGUGAAUAAGAAUGGUAUCUUUUGUUUUUGUUUGGAAACAAGCAUUAUCAGAUCUAUUGUACAUCACAGACUCAAGCCUUGCCACCAAGGUUCAGUUUAUGUGAUCAGAGUUAACAUUAUAUGUUGUAUGUUAAAUGUUUAUUUUGGGCAGUGAUGUCACUUCUCUACAAUGAGGUGUGACAUCACCAUGAACCCUGUAAAAUAUUAUCGCAUCAUAAUUUAGCAGUCUUGUGAAAUCUAUAUUGAUUAAAAUUACACGUUCCAAAAUUUGGAUUUUAUUUAACCUAAUACUGUAUGUAAAAUCUUAUCAUGAACACCAAUGUUAAUUUUCUGUGAAAAAUAAUAGUUGCUUUAACAAGCAUUUGAAUGACAUCAUUUAGAUAUUUAGUUGAUGAAACAAGAGUUCUACUUUACUGUACUUUACUGAUUAUGUUAUGUUAUAAACUUUAUGUUAUAAAGUGCUUGGUGAUGGUGGUCCACUAUGAAAGGCGCUAUAUAAAAUAAAGAUUGAUUGAUAAACUUUUUUUUUCUCAAUAUUUAAAGUUUCUUCAUUAAUGUGUAAUGAAUUGCCUUAUUCUACUCUCUACCACUAGGCGGCACUGUUGUUCUGCAAGCGCCUCUGGUUUACAAAACAGUUCUAAACACUAGUGGUCGAUAGAUGUCUUGAGUUUAUCAUUGUGAAAAUGAUUAGC